UCAGGCUGCAUGUUGGAUGGGAGAUCUUAUAACAGCUCAGUUUCCUGGACCAGCUCCACCAAACCCUGCAUAACCAGACGCUGUCAGGAAGGUGUCGUCACUGAGGCGGACGUCCAGUGUGUCGUCCACUGCAAGAACCCCAAGAUCCACCCCAAGAAGUGCUGCCCCACCUGCCCCAGUUGCAUCUUUGAGGGUCGCCUGUACAAAGAGAAGGAGGACUUCAGUCCUGAAGUCAAACCCUGCAUCAAGUGCACCUGCACUGGGGGACGGACUCUCUGCAUGAGGGAGGUGUGUCCUGUCCUGUCCUGCCCCGCCCACCUCAGCCACACCCCGCCGGGACAGUGUUGUCCCAGAUGUCUCGGUCAGAGGAAGGUGUUUGAUCUGUCUUUAGGAAGCUGUCUGUUCCACAGCGAAGUUUACGAGAACGACACGUCCUUCAUACACGACAACUGCACCACCUGCACCUGCAAGGAUUCCACGGUCGUGUGCAAGAAGCAGUGCUCACAGCCGGGGGUCUGCCACAGCGACCGGUGCUGCGAGGAGUGUCUGUCCUACGUGAAGGUGGAGGAGGUGAAGUACUGCAGAGUCCGGAACAAGAUCUACAGG